AUGCUACCCAGAGGCCUGGACUGCGCCCGGGCUGGAGUGGUAAGUGCGGGCCCUGACGUGCUGGGGACAUCGCAGAGACUCUGCCACAUGUGUGUCUUUGCAGGCAUGAGCCCGGUCUCUGUGACCCUGGCCAGUGCCCUGCUGGUCAGGGGCGAAGCUCUGUCGGAGGAGGAAAUCUGGUCCCUCUUGUCCUUAGCUGCUGAGCGGCUCCUGGAAGACGUCCGUGAAGAUUCCUCGGACUAUGUGGUCUGUCCCUGGUCAGCCCUCCUGUCUGCAGCCGGAAGUCUUUCUUUCCAGGACCAUAUUUCUCACAUAGAGGCUGCUCCUUUCAAGGCCCCUGAACUGCUACAGGGACAGAGUGAUGAUGAGCAGCCUGAUGCAUCUCAGAUGCACGUGUAUUCUUUGGGCAUGACCCUCUACUGGUCAGCAGGCUUUCGUGUCCCACAAAAUCAGCCCCUGCGGCUCCGUGAGCCCUUGCACUCCAUUCUGCUGACCAUGUGCGAAGACCAGCCUCGCAGGCGGCUGCCCCUGCUGUCGGUUCUGGAAGCGUGUCGGGUUCAUCAGGAAGAAGUGGCUGUAUACCCAGCCUCUGCCAGUCUCCACGUCCGACAGCUGGCCGGCUUGGUUCUGGGCACCAUCUCCGAGGUGGAGAGGAGAGUUGUGGAAGGAAGCUCCUCUAUGCCGCAGGACAGAAGCUGCCUGCUCAGGAAUAGGCUGCAUCAGGCCAGCUGUGAGAACCCAGCAAUGUGGGCCCUGGAGCGUCUGCACCCCUGCAGAGUUUCAGAGAGAAGCACAGAGACCCAGAGCUCCCUGGAGCCCGGUCUGAGCACCUCAGUACACAGUUCCCACAGCCUCUCAGUUAGCAGUGCUCUUCCAAUGGAAGCUCCCCAAGAGCUUCAGGACGGACAGCGGCUCAGCUCCAGUACUCCUCCCUCUGUGGCAGCUGAAACCUUGCUGCCGGCAGCUCCUUCUCAAAGGGCUUUUCUGCGCAGAAGAGGAAAGGUCUCUAGGCCGGAGUUUGUCUUGCUGGCUGGAGAGGCCCCGGUGACUUUGUAUCUGCCUGGCUCAAUUGUGACCAAAAAAGGGAAAUCCUAUUUGGCUCUCAGGGACCUCUGUGUGGUGCUGUUGAGUGGGCAGCGUCUGGAGGUGAAAUGUGACAUUAUGUCAACAGUGGGGGCCGUCUUCAGUGCUGUCACGUCCUUUGUCAACCUUGGGGAGCUCACCUACUUUGGCUUGGCUCACAUGAAAGGGAAAGAGUUCUUUUUCUUGGACCACGAAACCAGGUUGUGCAAAAUAGCCCCUGAAGGCUGGAGUGAGCAGCCCCAGAAGAAGACCUCCUCGAAUACCUUCACACUCUUUCUGAGGAUAAAGUUCUUUGUCAACUGCUGUGCGCAACUCCAGCACAGCCAGACAAGGCAUCAAUUCUAUCUGCAGCUUCGGAAAGACAUCCUGGAGGAGAAGCUCUGCUGCAAUGAUGAGACACUGCAGCAACUGGCAGUCCUUGCCUUGCAGGCUGAGUUUGGCAAUUACCCUGAGGAGCAGACAGAGAGUAAAGCCUAUUUUCGGGCUGAAGACUAUGUCCCAGCAAGACUGAUUGAGAGGAAGACUGCUCUCCGGGUCCACGCUGAAGUCUCAGAGAUGCACCGUCUCAGUCCUGUGCUCUGGAGAGAGGAUGCCGAGCUGGAGUUCUUGAGGGUCACCCGGCAGCUCCCGGAAUAUGGUGUGCUGGUCCAUCAAGUUCUCCCAGAGAAGACCAGGGGGGAAGGAGAGAUGGCCUUGGGGAUCUGUGCCAAGGGCGUCAUAGUAUAUGAAGUGAAAAACAACAGCAGAAUUGCAACUUUGCGGUUUCAGUGGAGAGAAAUCAGGAAGAUUUCAACUUGU